AUGAAUACAACGCCUAUGCCAAACGUGGACUUUAUGGAGCUCCAUCCGGUGCAUCAGCAUCCGGCCGGUUGCAAGCAGCACUGCUUCGUGUUCACCGAGAUAGCGGACAUUGAGCUACCGCCGGAAAUCACCAAGUACCCGGAGAAGAUAAAGAACGGGAGCAUUCAUUCGUACACGAAGGAGAGCAUUUCACCACCCCCGCCAAAACUGGCCAAAGAUCGCCGGAGUCGCAAGAUAAUCGCCCUCGUGUCGGGCCUACUGGUAUGUGUGGCACUUGCGGCCGGUAUCCCGCUCGGAUUGCAGCUCCGUUCGUCCUCGCUGCUCGAGGCCCGCCUGGCCUUCAUCAGGCGUCUGCUGGUGGAGUCACCGUUGGUGGAGGGAUAUUGGGCACCACCGAUGGGUGCGAAUUUUAGUAAAAGUUUCGCAGAAGUGAAGAGUGGCAUGGUCGGUGCACUGCUGUGGCCCAUCGCGGUUCCUUGUGCCGCCCAGUAUCUGGAUGCGGUGCAGCUCACUCUGGAGGGGUUGGAUGAAGCGAGGCGAUUGGUAGGCAAAAAUGGGGAUAUGGCGGUGGUGGAGAAUGCGGACGAAAUGGAGCAGGCGCACACGGAAGGUAAACUGGCCAUCCUGUUCGGGCUGGAAGGUGGACAUACGCUAGGCUCGAGUUUGGCCGUACUUCGCUCGAUGUACUCUCUGGGCGCUAGGUUCGUUUCCUUAACUGGCGUUGGUUGCACGACUCCUUGGGCCAGUGCUUCGAUAAGGAACGAUUUCUUCGACGAAAAUCUCCCUUCCACGUUGACCAACUUUGGCGAGGUGAUCAUCCAGGAAAUGAACCGGCUGGGUAUGUUGGUGGAAAUUUCCCGACUCUCCGAACCAGCCAUGAUGGUCGCACUGAACGUCGCCAAAGCACCGCUUCUGCUCUCCAAUGCGCUUCCUUCGUCGAUGGCCUGCAAUGGAACGACGGCAGCCGUGCCGGACCACAUCCUGAGCGCUCUGUCCCAGAACGGCGGAGUGUUGAUGCUGAACGUGGAACGAUGCGGCGACAAACCGAUGUCGCUGAAGGAUGCCAUAACGGCCAUCAACUACAUACGCGCUAUUGCCGGGGUGGAGCACGUGGGGCUCAGUGGGUCGCCUAAGAACUACCCGAUGCUGCUGGCCGAACUGGCACGGGAUCGACUGUGGGGCUCGGUUGCCAUCAAGAAGCUGGUUGGGGGGAACAUUGUGCGAGUGCUGAGGGAGGUCGAAACGAACAAGAACCGGUUGCCGCUGUCCGAAGACUGGAUACCGCUCGAGUCCAUCGAAGGCAACGCGUACUGUCGGUAUCCAGAGACGUAA